AUGGAGGCGAUGGCCACGCUGACGAUCCAGCUCGACGAGGAGCGAGCGGUACAGAGCAGGGCUCAGAACUUCAUGCUGGAGGGCAAGUCAGACAGCGAGCUCAUGCAGGUGAUGGACUGGACCAUCGAGCAGUGCGACAAGGCGGGCGUGGACGCGCGCCAGGACGCAAAGGCCAAGGGCGUGGGGUUCAAGGGGAACCCGUUCGGCAAGAAGCCAGUGGCCCUUUUUUCGGGCAUGCUCUUCCGUCUGGGAGGUCAGGCCGAGAAGUCAGAGUCGAGGAAAGCGAUCUUGGAGAAGAUCAAGGAGAGGGUGCAGAAGCAGGAGCUCGCGGACACUGCACCAGCGGCGGCCUCCGCCCUGCUGGACCAGUUCGUGGUGUUCGGCAAACAGGCGUCGACGCUGCCCCCGAAGUUUCGGGCAUCGCGAUGCUUCAAGAUAGAGUGCAGCCAAAACGCCGAGGACGGCCUCCAGGACGACGUGGCCAUGACUAAAUGGAUCUUCGCCAUUCCCUCGUGCCGCGAGAUAGAGUCUGUGCUAAUGCAGUCCCGUGAAGCCCAGUUACUUCGUGGCAUCGGCUUAGAGUUGGACUUUGACCACGGUCCGAGGAGCAAGGCGGCAAACAAUGCUGCGAAGAUUGCAUUCGGAUCUGAUAGUGCGAAGGGGAGUGGCAAGGGCCAAGGUGGCCUCUUCUCGAAGAAAGCCUGGUGGUGGCACUGUGGCGCGUGCUCUGGUUGGAACCAGGUUGCGGCCAAGAAGUGCAGGCGGUGCGGCAUGAAGAAGAGCUGGGCUGCGAACCAUGGCUCGGGCCUCACCGCCGGUGGCGGCCAUGGAGCCGGCGAUCCUCCGCCUUGCCCGUGGCACGCAGCUCCGCCGACAGCCGUGCCUGUGAUGGGGGCCCAGGACAAAGCGUCUACACGUGCCAAGCAUGUUGCGAACGUCCGUCACAUCGAGGCUGCCAUAGCAGCGUUGCCCGACGGCGACCCUGCAUUCGCGUCUUCGCGGGCUACCCUGCAGGCCCAGCUGACCGCCGAGAAGAAGGCCAUCACCUCGACGAAGUCCCUGGCCGCGCAGAUCGAGGGCUGCCAGCAGGCCACCCUCCGGUCCCAGGCGCGGGCGACCAAGCUCCAGACCACCAUCGACGAGUCGGUCAAGGAGCUGAAGAACGAGAGCGAGCACGCAGCCUCCCGCAAGGAGGAGCUCGCGUCCCUCGAGGCCCAACUUGCAGCGGGAGCUGCAGCCACACCUGCCGACUCCAUCCAGUCGGCCACGAUCGCCUUGACGGGGAUGCUCAGCGACAUGAUGGCGUCCCCGGCCGUCCCUCCAGAGCACGUCCAGCAGGUCCAGAACCAGGUGAAGAGUGGCAUCCACUACUCCAUGCUCAUCGCUGCUGCCGAUGCGGGCCAAUUCGGCGUGCAGAUUUGGAUAAAGCAUGGCCUGAAGCACACAGCCAUUUUCUCUCAUAAGGUUUCACCUCGAUUGGUCAUCCAAGUUGUGGCCCUUGCCAACGGUGCGACGGUGUCCGCACUGAGCGCGCAUGCCCCCAUCGAGGCGGCGCCAGACUCGGCCAAGUGCGUCUUCUGGGACGCCAUGGCUCAUUGGACAUCGUGGCUGAAGUCAAGAUGGCCCUCCACGCAUCUCAUCAUCGGCAUUGACGCUAACGCGCGCGUCGGGUCGGUGCCCGCGGACAGCAUCGGCCAGUGCAUGCCGUCCACUGAGAACCACAACGGCCCCCUGCUCAGGCAUUUUCUGGGCGAGGCGAGCCCGGGCAUACGGGCUCUUAACACAUUCGCUGGAGGUGGCUACACAUGGCGAUCCGCGCAUCAGACCACAGCCCGCAUAGACUACAUCUUGUCGGAUGCGGACGUGCCCUGGGAGGCUGCCCCCCCGCGCGUGCUCGACGACGUUGAGCUGGCCACCAGCGCCUGCGAGGACCACAGGGCAGUCCUCGCCACCGUCAUCGUGGCAGGAACGGACACCAGUGUCCAGCCCAAGCCUGCCAUGAAGAUCAGUGUCAACAAGGCUAACCUCACGGACCCACGGUGCGUCCAAGCCUUCCAGGAUUCCCUCUGGCGCGCGGUCCCAGAGGUCACCGGCGCCCUGAAUGCCGACGCCAAGCUCGAGCGAGUCAUCGAGGUGGUAAAGAACGCUGCCGCGAACGCCUUCGGUCCUGCUCCUAAGGUUCCGCGCCAACCGUGGAUCACGCAGCGUACGUGGGCGUUGCUACGGCCGGUGCCCAUGCUGCGACGCGCCAUGUUCGACCUGAAGCGCCUCGUGAACAAGCAGCUGGUGCGCUACGCCUGGCUGGGGUGGAGGUCGCUCUUCAGGCGCGCAUUUGUUCCUGACGAUGUUCGGGCGCAUGCCCCUCCCGCCACCGCCCGCCCCCGCGGCCGAGAGGGCCGCGAAGUGGCGGCGGUUGGCGGUCCGCCGCGCCGCGCGACCCAACCUGGUGGGCGGGGCGACGGGCACCGCGCUGGAGGAGCGGGAGGAGCCGCCUCCGGGGUCUCGGCGGACCGCCACGUCGGUCGGCCGUUUGCCCGACCAACGUCCCCGGGGCCCCGCGGGCCCGGGCCAGCGGAGCUGCCAUUGUGGACACCGCAGCCUGAUCGGCCGCGCUCCGACUCCGUGAUAUGCGCGACUGCCUCCCCAGCCGAGUCCAGGGCAGAAGCCCUUCAUAGCAAUGGCGGGCCUGCCUGCGCGGGCAUCGCAAAGGGGCAGGCCCGUGGCGGACCGGCCGCAGGGAGCCGCCCACCGAGAGCAACGCACUCUCGCGGUGACCAACCAGACUGCGCUGGUUGGCGAGCCCUGGCAGAGGCAGCCGCCGUGCGGCGCAUUGCUGUCAAGCUCAACAUGGCCGUCCAGCAGUGCUGGCAAGGACUCGACAAGGCCCAUCGAGCCAUGCGGGGAAUGGCCAUCGACGACAAGCGGCGCUUCAUGCACGACAUGGCGCGGAAGGCGGCGUGCGCGAAUGAGCGCAGCGACAGCAAGGAGUCGCGCCGCAUCGCGCGCCUCCUGGGCGGCUCCAAGCCUCGCGCCCUCGAGGCGAUUGCGAACAAGGACGGCUCGCUAGCGAAGACCCCGGCGGAGCGAGCGGACCGGUGGAUCGAUCACUUCACCGAGCUCUUCGCCGGCUACACCCUCCCGUCGUGGAGGGACGCGAAGACUGAGCACCCGGGGCCUCGCUCGACAGGUGCCUUCAACCCGACCCUCGCGCAGGUCGACGCGAAGAUGCAAGCGCUUGGUGGUGACAAGGCCCAGGGGCCUGAUGGAUUGCCCCCUGGUGCGAUCAAGGCGGGGGGCUGCCCCAUGGCCGUCUUCGUCCAUUCGAUCGUCAAUGACAUGGUGGUCACGCGGUCCUGGCCAGCCCGCUGGAAGGGGGGCCGCAUGGCCACGCCGUGGAAACGGAAAGGCCCCCCCAAAGAGUGCAAUGACCACCGCGGCCUCCUGGUCGCGGACAGCAUGGCCAAAAUCCCAGCAGGGCUUCUGAAGGACGAGAUCAUGCCGAUCGCCAACGGGAAGCUGCCUGAGACGCAGUACGGGGGCAAGCUGGGCGGAGGCACAGACUUUCCAUCCCACACCCUGCGGCUGCUUACAGAGCUCGCGGACGCGAGCUCCAUGUCCUGGUGCAUUGUCUUUUUUGACUUGACGCAGGCACUCGACCGGGUUAUCCGGGAGAUCGUCUACGGUUGGCCGCCAUGCCCGGGCCCCCAAUGGGCUCGCGAUGCGGCUCGUGCAGGCUACCUCCGCCAGUGCGGCCUGACGGUCAGAGCUGCCGUCAAGGUGGUGUCCCACAUUGAUAAGCGGGGGUCGGUGCUCGAGCGCUGGAGCAUUGACCCGGCGGUCAUAGCGCUCACGCAGAAUCUCCAUGAUCGCGCCUGUUUCGCAGUUGAAGGGGCUGAGCGAGUGGUCGUCACAACCACGGGCGGCCGCCAAGGCUGCAAACUGGGUGGGCUCAUCUUCUGCUGCGUAUACGAGGAGGCCCUUGCAGCAGUACGCAGUACCCUCAAGCAAGCCGGCAUUGCCCUUGUGCUGAACACUGCCAAGGGCAUCCCCUUCUGGACCCCGGCUGAGAACGGCGACGCCGUGAACCUCACGGUUGAAGUCACAUACGUCGAUGAUGAGGCGAUCGCCAUAGUCGCCCGUUCCUCCACCCAGCUCCGCGAGGCCAUCUGCACGGUGACCAACCUUUACGCCAAGGUAUUCGCCGAGUUCGGCCUGCGCAUCAACUGGAAGAAGGGCAAGAGCGAAGCUAUCGUCCGCUGCCGCGGCCCGGGUGCCACGAAAGUCGUUGAUGAGCUGAGGUCCGAGGGCGGCCUCCGCAUCCCGCUCGACGACGGAACUACCGCCAUGCACGUAGUGGAUGGGUACCAGCACCUCGGCGGCGUGAUCUCCGCCAGCGGGAGCAUGGUGCCAGAGGCCCGGCAGCGAGCCUCCUCGGCUAUGUCUGCCUACUCCCCGAUCGCGUCCAAGGUAUUCUCCUCGGAUGUCAUCGGUACCACCAUGAAGCUCCACCUGCUCCACAGCCUGGUCCUGUCGAGACUGCUGUACAACGUCGCCAUAUGGACAAUGUCCCCCGCGGCUCUCAAGCAGAUCAACGGUCCCUGCAUGCGUGCCCUGAGAAGCAUUGCUGGCGAUAUGAAGGCUGGGCGCGCGCCUGCCUUCUCGGACCUCGCAGUCCGCCAGGGGCUACAUGCACCGUCCAUCGACUGCCUCGUUCUGCGAAAGCGCCUCCGCUACUACCACCGACUGGUGGCCCACCAGCCCUCCGCGGUGUGGGCCCUUAUGCAGGCGCGCCCGCGAGGGCGGCCCCUGCCGCGUGUUGCGCAGGUGAUCGUGGACCUCAACCUACUCCGGCGCCUGGCGCCUGAGUUGGACGCCGUGCCUGGCUGCGCCGAGGCCCCCAGCAUGCGGAUGUCUCGCAUGAGAGAAAACGACUGGACCUCGAUUGUACAGCGAGUCUUCUUCUGUGAGUCGUCGCUGGACAAGGUGGCCGUGCAAGGCUGCCCCGCCCCGCCGGGCGUGCAGUUCCGGUGCGAUAGGUGCGACGCCAGCUUCCCGACCAACAAGGCGUUGUUACAGCAUAAGCGGAUCGCUCAUAAGCAGACUGCUCCUAUCAAGGCGUUCAUUGAGGAUUCGGGCGUAUGCCCCGCGUGUAAAACAGACUUUUUGGAGCGGCACCGCGUCAUGCGACACGUGUCUGAUAGCCGCCGCCCGGCUUGCCGCACCCAGAUCAUGUCGACUUUGCCAGUGCAGAGCCCAGAAUUGGUGGCUGCGUGGGAGGCCCGCGACAACGAGCGAGUCAGGCUAGCCAGACGAGCUGGCUCGACCCACAUCCUGGCGGCCGGCCAGGCGGUCACAGCCGCAGGCCGCCGCAUAGGAGGCCGCCGCGGGAGGGCCCUCGGACCCAGUUGCGACGGCGCCAUCGACGCCGGACCUCGCGCUGGCGUGCCUUCUGGGCUGGCGCUCGGCGGCCGCCCGUGCGCGCUCGGGCGCUGCGGCGUGCUGGGCGCGGCGCCGCAGGCGGCCCAGCGCGCCUUCGGCGCCGACCGGGUCGCCACCUCUCGGGCCUCGGCCGCUGAGGGCGCGGCGGCACGGCAGGCGGCCACUAGCUCCGACCUCGCCGUGGACGUGGUGUACUCCCAGACCACCAGCAGGGCGCCCCUGCCGGGCGACGACGAGCUCGUGGAGAGGUACAUGGCGGAAAGGUCGUCCUCGGAGCUCCUCUGCGACAUCGCCAACGGGUACAACCUGCGCCUGCCCGAGGGAAGGCCCAAGAUGCUGGGCCUUACUGCAUCCGUCUUCGCGCCACGUUGGACUAUUGUUCAGGAUGGGGCUCAGGUAGCCGACGCAGCUGGUGCAGCAGCUGGGGCCGCAACGACCUGUGGAACGAGGACACGCGCUGGUGAAGAGAAUGGCUGGGGACAUAUUCGAACUGGGUUUUGA